GUAUUUUGCAGACUAUUGACAGGCGGCGUUCUCUCUCUCUCUGUCCUCCUUUUUAGAGAGAAAGGAUCUUAAACAUCGAGCGGAUCUGCAACCUGCUCCGCAGAUUGGUGGUACCAGAGUACUCCAUCCACGGCCUCUUCUGCCUGAUGUUCAUGUGCGCCGGAGAGUGGGUCACACUUGGCCUCAAUAUCCCGCUGCUCUUCUACCAUCUGUGGAGGUUCUUUCAUCGGCCGGCCGACGGAUCGGAAGUGAUGUACGAUCCGGUCAGCGUGAUGAACGCCGACAUCCUCAACUACUGCCAGAAGGAGUCCUGGUGCAAGCUGGGCUUCUACCUGCUCUCUUUCUUCUACUACUUGUACAGUAUGGUCUACGCCUUGGUGAGCUUCUAACAAGUGCUGUGAAGAUCUAACUGGAAGGAGCUGUAAGAUAUCCAAAACCGACGGAGGCAAAAUCUUCUUCUUUUCAUAUUUUCUGACUCUUUUGGCCUAAGACUGAUCUGACUGAAUGUGAGUGUAAAACGGUGUUACUUAGGAUCUUGUUUAAACCCUUCAUCCCAGAUACCGCUCUCAGAAAGCCUGAAGAAAAGAGAGGAAAAAAAAAGCAGCUCUGAAAGACUGAAAAGAAGCAAAAGAAAAAAAAAGAGGAUGUCGGAUGUUUGAGAUGCCUUUGACCACGAUACACAAUUCACCGAUAUUUCUGAAGGGCUGGAUUUCCCCGUGCUGCUCUUACCGAUCCGGUCGCUCAACUCACUGUGAACCUCCAAACGCUUAGGGGCCGGAAAAGAAACAAACACGUCUGUAACCUUUGACUUCCAAAGCGUUCAGGAUUGUUUUGACAUCAGUCGUCGUGUUUAAAGCGCGGGUUACGUCGAGCGGUCGCCUUAACCGCGUCGCAGUCGCAUUUCGCGUCUUCGCUGCCGGAAGAAACACAGAACACCGACAAGGUUCGUCAAGCUCUGACAAAAAAAAGAAAAGUUGAACACGACAAGGAAAAUGACAUCCAGGUACAAAUCAAACCCAGUUUCACAGAAGGACGUUAGAGAGCCGCUGACAGGAAGCUGCGUUUGUGCAAAUCUGUGAGCAAACAUGCGUUGGCACGGACUGGAUUCAGCUUUUAUGCCUGUGUCCACAUUUUCCCGUGUCGCUGGGUUUGCUCAUCAUAAAUUUGACUUUAAGGGUUUUCAUGCUAUGUCUGUAGCUGUAAAGACAUAUAUUUAUUGCUUCAUAGGUUCAUGCUUUUGAAAAGAGUAAUAAUGCCAAAAGUUUAUAGUAAAAGCAAAACAAACCUUGUGCCAAAUUUAAGAAUGAAUCACGUUUUGUGCAUUUAAAGGGAUACUUCUGAUUUUUUUUUUCCACAUGAAGAUCUGAAAUUUCCAGACUCGUUUCUGCAGAAUGCUUACAUACGCAGAGAUGAGAAUAACUUCGCUUCCCGAAAAUCAGAACUGUGCCUUUAACACAUCUGGCACCCGGUUUUUGUCUUUGUUUAUUUUUUUUAAAUGAAGAAAAGCAAUGUAGAAAAAAAAAAUCUGUUGUACUUUUAGUGUGCAGAGAGCGCCUUAUUCCUGUUCCCAGUGAAGUUUACUCUCACUCAUCUGCAUCUAUCCUAUAGUCAUUUUUAGCGAGCGGUUUUCAAAACUUUUCUCUGAUCCAAGGUAGAGUAGGGAUCUCAUGUAUAAAAAGCAAUUAAAAACACGCAAAAUAGCAACGUCGUACGAUCCAUGAGACAUAUCAGUUAUUCAGUGUUUAUAAUGCCGGUGAGUGAGGCUCGGGCGUCAGGAUGAGACAUUAAUGACUCGAUGGCGACGUUUUCGUUAUCGAGGAAGUGUAAAAACGCAGCGAAGUCACCAUGGUGCCGUUUCAGCUGUAGAGCGGACGGGUGUGAGAAGCGAAGCAGCAAAACGGUUUCCAUGGCGAUGCUUGCCUUCGAUGAGACUUUGGUCCGUUUGUGCGUGUGAUUGGGCAGAAAUGUUUGAGCUGAGACGUCGUGACAGCAGCCUAUGAAAGACGUUUCUCAUUUAGUCAGACUUUUUAAACCUAAACUUCACAAAUUGCCAUUUAGAUAUUUUUAGUAUCUAGAUGUUUAGAUACUAAACAUCUGAUGCUUGUUCGUUGUGGGCUGUCAGGGAUUUUAUGACACACUUUGAUUUAGCUAGCAAGCCCACAUGACCAAUUUUAAGAUUUUUGUGACCCUGAGUUUUCCGUAUUAGCCCGUUUCCUUACCAUGACAAAGAGACUGUAUUGGGUCUUCCUGCAUGUCACCUGACCUGCACUGUGUGCCAGGGAGCUCAUCAUAAGCUCAAACACAAUGGCAAUACGAUAAAUUCAAAGCAAAAAAAUGUGAAAAACAACUUUUUCAGUAAGCUUUGUGUUUACAUCGUCAGCUAGACCCACGUUGGAAAAGUGUGAAAAACUAAAUACUUCUGCGCAAACCUCCAAAAGUCAUGGGAACAUUUUUUCUACAGUUUUUUAAAAAUGUUACAAUUCAGAAAAUGUCAUGUAUAUUAUCAGUUUUGGGGAAAUCAGUUUUUAAAUGUUAUGAAUUGGGUCAAACAUUUUCUACAGCAGCUUGCUGUCGGUCGCUUUGCUCACACAAAUCUUUUCUGUCCUGCCAACAAUGUUUUUAGAUCACGGCUUUCUGAAGGCCACCAAAACAUUAACUUCCUCUUUGUAAAGCGCACCAGUCCCUCCCGCAGCAGGAAUACAGACACACAACAAAUGUAACAAUGUUCAGUAGAAUAGGAUAGAAAAAUCCUUUGUUGUCCCACAAUGGAGGAGGAUUUCUGUACAACAGCAGCAAAGAAAGAAGAAAUCAAUAGCAAUAAUCAAUCAUGGCAAAACAUUUCGUUUUCAUCACACCACAGGACGUCUCUGCAGUCUUAGGACCUUUGUCCCUGAGUGCAUUUUGCACGUCGUAAUUUGACCUUUUUUGUUGUGUAAUGGAUUCUUCUUCCUUUCAGCCCAUGUCGAUAAAUUAAACUCAUCUCAUUGUGGAUGAUGACAGUCUUACAUCUGCACAAGUUCUCUAGCUUUCCCAAAUCGAUUAAAGGCGUAAUAAUCUGAACUCCAAAGAAGAAGAACUAAAAUGUACAACCUUUAGCUACCUGAAUGUGGUACUGAACUGGAAUAUGCUUCAUCAAACCAGUGUCAGGGACAAAGAAAUCUUGACCAGGACACUUUUAAUUUACUUAUUUGUUUUAAUUUCUCUCCCAAUAAAAUGCCAUAAAGCCAAACAUUGUUAUAGUAAGAUAUAUUAUUGACUGCAGAAACGAAGCAACGCUUCUCCAAGACGCUUUGCCGAGACAUGCCGUCUAUAGGAGAAAAUCUCACAUAGGUUGUGUGAUUUCACUUUCAAUCACUGAAGCAACUUUCAUAGGCUGCCAGUGUUUUGGAAGACGAGCAAUAUGUCGUGCCAAGAGACGUUCGCAGAUAAUCACAGGACACCGAGACCUCAUUGUUCCGCCAACUGUGUGAAUGUGUGGAGUCUGGACAAUCACUACUGAAGCACAGGAACUCGCCGACAGAGGAAGACAUAACGCCUCCUGCUGGAACGUUAUCAUGUAGUCGCUCUAAAUAAAGCAUUUUAGAAAAUUGAACUUACUGAAUUCUGUAUCGUAUCCGUCUUUUAUACAUUCCUCAUUAUAAUGCUAAAGUCGAUUUGGUGAACCACUUUAUAUCUAUUCGGUUACAAUAUGAUGUGCAUCUAUUUACACGCCAUAUCCCAAUAAAACAGUUAUGC